GUCAUGCCACUGACACCCCUCGGCCACCCGACAGAGCACUGUGACGUCAUCAAACGGUUGACCCCGCCGGCAGAGAGUGACCUCAGGGCAGAGCCCACCACCAGUGCAGGCAGAGCCUACCUCUUUACUACAACUCCACAAACUUCAGCCGAAAAGAAGAUUUCCUCCCCUGCCAAUGCUCCCGUUGCCUUAGCAACCGACCCACAAGCGAGAGUCCUCCGAGCCGCCAUCACCACCCUCAGGAUAUGACGUCAUCCGUUCUGCGCUCCAUGGCGUCCCCCCUCACCCCUCCCACCCCGCCCAGCUCUGCCCUCAGCCCAUGCGCGCCAUUGCCGCCCCCGCAUAUGCCGACGUCAUCACCGCUGGAGAGCCAAUCAGCAAUUUCCAUCCCCCCCGGCCUUUCCUACGUGACUGCUGGGCCGGACACGGGCAAUAACGUUCCGCUCAACCUCUCUGCUAGCGCCAGGGUCAACGACACCGGGAAGGAAAAGUCCUUCGAGACCUAG